GCGAUCUACGCGGACCUGAGGCACACGGCUCGCUGGAAGCGCCAACAGCUCGCCGAGCAGCAGGACAAGUGAGACAGCAUGGCGGGCCUGUCGCACAGGCACAUCUGGAAGGUGUACUGGACGCUCCUCUUGCCCUUCACCGGCUUCAUGAUCGGCCACAAGAUAGACAAGAUGGAAACGGAGAGGAUGACGAUGUUCAGGGACAAGUCGGCGUUGUACGGUAGAGAGCUCAAGCCCGGGGAACCACCUUCCUGGCCGUACGGCUGGCUCUAGCUCUAUUUUAAUCGUUACACGUCGUUACGUCUUAAGUAAUCGUAGAAUCAAUUAGUCCUGGUUUAAGCUGACGAAUAAAUACGUCUGAAUGAGGACCGCAGGGGUCGCAAAGAUAUCUCGGUAACAUGCACAGUGUAGCUUCAACUGUAAACGUCGCAAUCUGCUCAAGAAUAUAUGUUCAGGAUCGUA